AUGGGUGAGCUAUGCUUGUUUCAUCUUGUUUCAUUGAGAAAAUUGCCAGGAGCAGAGAAGCUUGUGGAGGCCAAGCCCAUCCAGACCGAGACCACUGCAGUUCCCCUCAAGGCCGAGAAGGUCAAGAAUGCGAAGCCCACCAAUCCUGACGAGGGUAUGGAGCCUGCGUGUCCUCCAGUGAGCAUCAAGCCUGAACCUACAGCGAACGUGAAGCCCAAAUCUCCUGCUGAGAAGAAGGACCCAGUGACAGUCAAGCCUGCACCAAAAGUGAACGUGAAGACCGAUCCUCUGAAGAAGGAGCCUGUGACAGUUAAGACUGAACCUACAGUUAGCACACCGCCCAAACCGAAGUCCAAGAAAGCCAAAGUGGACAUCAAGUUGGAAUCAUCUGGUGCGCGCCAAUCAGAGGCUUCCUUGGCUUUGGAGAGCAGGAUGUUAGCCUAUGCUGAGAAGGUUUCCCACAUGGGAGAGUACUUAAGUGUCCUGGAUCUUGCUGUUAUGGCCACAGCAGAUUGCGUUGAUGCCAGGAUUGUCUUGGACUCUCUGAGCAAACCCUUGGAGGCUGUGUCCCUCGAAGAGUACUUUACAGGCAUUGUUCCUGGAUCAUCUCCUGGAUCUAUCUUUUCUUUGAGUGGGAAUCCAGAUAAGAUUUGGACUUUCAUUCUGACAAACGCAAGCUUCGAGCCAGGAAGCGGCGUUGCAGCUAUCAACCACUUUGUUCCAGCUGUAUCCGAGUCCUGCGUUGGAGAGCGCAUUUUCCAGUCUCUUGUGAACGUGGCCAAGGCCAACUCCGAGUUGCAUGUGGCUGAGUGUGCGUCAGAAUCUCUAAGGCUGGAGGAAGAGUUGCUCGAGGCCAUGCAAAAAGAUCCUGGCAAUGCAGACCUUCAUGACCACAAGAUGCAGUUGAUGGAUGACAUGAACGAUCAGCUACAGCGUGCACAGUCUUGGGAAAGAUUUCGACAAAGAUGUGUGGCCUCUUCCCUACUCCCCAUGGAUGUUCCAGGAGACGGGAAUUGUUUGAUCUGGUCAUAUAUAGCCUUGGGCAAGGACGUCUUUCUCAAUGACGACGACCAUGAAUGCCUCAAUCCAAGCUCCCAAGAGAGUCUCGCGCUUGCGCAGACAAUUCGAAAGGAAUUGCAGAUGUCUUGGGGAGAACUUCGUAAAUUUGCUGUUUGGCAGAAUCUAUUCAAGGUUCUGAUCACAGAUGAAGGUCCAGCUACUCCCAGAAAGCGCCCAAAGGAGAAGGCUAUGACUUCUCCAAAGACUCCCCCGGAGAAAGCAUCUUGGAAAAAGCAAAAGCCUGAUGUUAAGGUGGUGGAAACCCACUCAAAGGCUCCUGGGUGGAAGAAGAAUUUACCAGAGAUGAAGCUGAAAGCACCACCGAAAAAGGAUAGAGAGAGCCAGAAAGAUGCUGAAGACGCUGAGAUUGAAGUACCAGAAGCGCAAGAUAGUGCAGUGAUUGUCGAGCACAAGCCUGAAGGCAUGAGACGGGUGCGAACUUGCAAAAAAAAGAAGCUCACCAACUUGCAGACAAAGCUCAAAGGCUUGAGGAGAUACCUGGCACAUGUAGGCAUUUCCUAUUCCAAGUGGCAACCACUGCAUUGGCGAAUGUCUGGCACCAAGAAAGCGGGCCAAUGCAAAAAUGGCUUGUGGACAGAUUGGCUGAACUCUUUUGUCGCCAAGAAGGAGAAUGAGGAGAAUUGUGAGGCUUGCAAGCAUCUCUUGAGUCACUAUGGAUAUUCGCAAGAGACAGCAAACAAGUGGAUGGCUGGUCUUGAAUGGGAUGACUGUGAUGAGCAGGAAACCAAAGAUGAUCAUGCCGAUCUUGUCCCGGACAAGGCAGCAGAGGCAGCAGAGACAGAAGUCAAGCAAGAGCCAGAAGAGACUGCGCAGGAUUUGACGGUGGAAGCAUUGAUGCGGACAGUUGACCUGUACUGUGAGGUAAUUCCACGCACCCUGGGCAUGAAGCAGCUAGUGCCAGCACGGUGUUCGCUUUGCACGUCAAAGAAGCAAUAUGAUGGCAAAGUCUUUGAUUUGCAUUCAUACAAGCCCAAAGACGCGCUGUUCUUCACAAGUCAGCACUGUGGCGGCCAGCAGCAUAGGAGACUCCUGGCUGAGAGAAAGCUGCAGGACAAGGACAAGCUCACAAAAGAUGGACCAGAAAAGACACCAUGUCAGGCGCUGUCUUUGAUUGACGAGAGUCAUUUGCUGCACGAGAAUGUCGCAAAGUGUGCCUUGAAGAAACUGGCGGCAGAGACUCUGUUUGCCAAGAUCUUUGAAACAGAAGAGCAGCAGAGAAAGCGCUUGGAUGCAGCGAAGGAAGAUGUUUUGUGGCAUCGUCACCGAAGCUCUGUGGAGAAAAUAUUCAGCUUUGAAGGCUACCAAUUGCAACAGUGGGUACGCUCAACCUUUCUUUCCACUCGCUAUGAUCAGAGAAAUGCUGAAUUCAAGAGCUUUAUGGACCUUGUGGUUACGCCUUGCCUGAGCGCAAACCUUGCCACAGCAAAUCAGCACCGACCUAUUUUGCUCCAAGCUCAGGUUUCCUUUGAGCAUUUCCUGUCCUCUCCUAGCGUGGAUGAGCUUGAAAAGAUCAGAGUCAUGAUUGCUCAAGCAUCCCUCACUGGAAAGCUGGAGUCGAACCCUCUUUUUCAGGGGCUGAUCCUUUCCUGUUUGCGGGUGGCAGAGAGAGAGCAAGCCGGAUUGAGCCUACAGGGGCAGAUUGGCAAGGCCUCCAUCAUGUACUCAGAGGCAGCUCGGGAACUGGCGUCGGAAGCCGGUAGAACAUUGUGCUUGGCCAGCAGAGGAAACGCACACUUGCUGAAACUGUUUGGCGCCCAUACGAAACCGUUCGGAAAGAAGAAUGUCUACAAGUCUCUGCAGGAUGCAUCUCUUCCGCUGCCCUUCAAUGCCCUAGACAUUGAUGGUCGUCUUUCAAGCAAUUUGCAACUCAUCGAUCAGCUUCUAUCAGCAAUGACGAACACUUCUGGUCGCCGUCUAGUGGCUGCAUUUGACUCUACAUAUUUGCUGCAGACGAUUUGCCAGCAUAUCGAUGAGGCAGGUCACGUUUCUCUCGUUGGGGCACCCUGGUCUGCAACGGAGAAGGGCGUGGCCGCGCAAGAGUUGACCGAAGAUUUUGACAUUGCAAGAGCUAAAAAGGCAACUGAUAUGUUCACCAUUCUUGCUUGGGACCCAUGCUCAAAAGAGCACUUUCCCUUGAGCCCAUUGCAGCUGCCAUUGCACUGCGCUGAAACCGAUUCCAUGACUAUUCUGAAGAUUAUGGAUCGUUUCUUGUACGAAGCCAGUGACCUUGUCGUGGGUGUCAUUUUCGAUGCUGCGUCGCAACAUCAGGCCUUGCGACGUUUGCUGUUUGGAACUCCCACAUCGGAAGACCUGAAGCUUGUUAGCGACCCAUCGUUUCGGUUCUUCAACCGGCUUAGUUAUCUAGAGCUUCCGGAGAAUCCACUGCCACGGCUACCCAUCAAGUAUGCCAUGUUCGAAGGAGAAUGCUAUUUGGCAUUGCCCGGAGUUUAUUAUAUGAUCACCUCAAAUGAAGGAGAGCAGCUGGAAAUGCGGGCCGUUCCAUGGCAUUGCAGAGGAGCUCUUCUCUUUUCAGUGACCACUGCAUUGCUCUACAGUCCUUGCGUGCACCAGUCCAUGAGUACCACAGACAGACUUCAGAAUGCACUGUCCGGCUUCUUGGUCUGGGACUUGUGGAUGUUGCUGGCAGCCCGUCUAGAGAGAUCCCAUGCGAAUGCCGAGCUUGAUGUAGAAUCCUUCAUCCGAACGGCAGCUGUGCAGACUUUGAAGCAAGUCAAGGACAAACUAGCCAGCAAAGCAGCCAAAGUGGUGAAGGAAGCUGCACCAGAGUUCCAAGACAAUGAUGCUGAGAGUGACAACGAGCAGGCGAUGGCAGCUCGCAAUCCGCAACUUGAAGCAUAUGCUUUGUGGGGUAGGAAUCAGAAAGACCUGUGCAACCAUGCCUUGUCGCGAGUGUCUGACCUGAUCCAGGGUGCUGAUGACAAAGCUUCUGAUAUGGAGGAGCCUCAGCCUUCUGAUCCUUCUGCCGUUGAUGCGGACAUGAACAUGAGCAGGCUUGCUGAGGAGGAGAAGAAGCAGGUCCUGACAGAGAUCGCCGAAGACGAUGGAAACUUGCACCCAGGACUGGUGACAACCAUAUGGAAGGGCGGUAAGAAGAAACGGGUCACACCACUUGCUUGUGAGAUUGGAUCCUUGGCCGCCUUCCGUGUUGUGAAGCUGGAGCAUUGCUCACGCAAGGAGCAUGAAAUGGUUGACCAGUUCUAUGUGACUCUCACUGGUACGUCUUUGGCUAUGAUUCAGGAUUCCAAGAAAAUGGUGGCAGGUGAGUGGCGGAUGGAAGCUUCUGCCAGGGUGAUUUCACACAAGGUGAAAGAGAAAGCAAAGGCGCCUGUCAAGAGCACCAUCAAGAAGAAGAAGGCGCUGAUUGAGAACAUUGAGAAGAAUUACAGCAGGUGUGCUUCUGCUGCUGGGCAAACCAGGACGGGAAUUCUGCAGAAGGCUCCCAAAUUCUUCAGCUACUCGUUCACCACCCGCAAUCGCCUCGUAUGGGCUCGCAAGGUCUACACGCAUUUGCAGCAGAUUCGAGCACAGCUUUCAAGUUCUCCGCCUGUGCGGACCAUGUGGCUGCGUUGGAUUCGAGACCUUUGUGAGUUCAGGGAUGAGACAGAGUAG